AUGUAUGUGCCCAGUCUUGUUGUUCAUCACAAAUGCCGGGUCGAGCGUCUUAGAAAGCAGAGAAGACGUGCCACUGCAGCUCCCCAAUCCGUCAGUUCCUUGCACAUAUACCACCUCGUGCUUGAGCCCAAAACCUGGACUGAGGCCCAGCGCCACUGCAGAGAAAAGUACACGGACCUGGCCACCAUCACUGACACAGAGGACGCCGCCGCUCUGAAUAGCCUCAGUGCUGGUGAUGGUGGUGCUGGGGACUAUGAAAAUGCCUGGAUCGGGCUCCGAAGGGUCAGCGCUUUUAAGUGGCACUGGUCCUUUCUGGGCAGCACCGGAGCACACACAGCAGCGGAGCCGGAGACUAGCUACACCAACUGGGACAGUUACGACAAAGAUUAUAUAGUUAACUUUAUCAACCGUCUCUGGUUACGAGCCAGGGGCCAUAAGCACUGCAGGGACCACUUCACAGACCUGGCCAGUGCGCGGAACCCAGAGGAGAACAGAAGAGUGGCAGAACGGGUCGCGGGUGGAACAGAACCCUGGACCGGAAUGUUUCGAGACACCUGGGUGUGGUCUGACCUGAGUGGCAGCUCGUUUAGGCAAUGGGUGACCGACGUGCCCGAUUAUGUGGGCGGGAGUGAGAGCUGUGUGGCCAAUCCGCUUGUGGGAGAAAGGAAGUGGCAGGACAGGAACUGUGAGGAAAGGAUGCCGUUCUUUUGCAUGGGGGCACCUAAAUUAACAAGACUAGUGGUGAAAAUAAAAAUCCACUCAGUUUCUGGAAACAUUGAUACCAUUUCCAAAGCCCAUCUUCUCCAACAGCUCCAUGCUGCUUUGGCUGAAAAGGGCAUAACAGAUUUCAAACUGUCCUGGAGGCCCCAACCUGAUGGACAGAUGUUCCACAGAGUUGGACAAAAUGCAGACAGAUGAGGAGGAAGCUUGCACUGUGCAAUGGAAGCCCUUCACUUUCACUCGACACGGCCCUGGAAAUGACAUGAUGACCUGACAUGUAGGAUCUUCCUCCUAGACACGCACUACCCAUGUUACAUGUGGACCCGCAAAUGAAUCAAGGCUCCUUGCCUCUCCCUUGCAUCAAGUUAGCGAGUCUUUUUAUUGUUGAUGAGAAGAUGGAACG